CAGAGGCCGUCCAAGACACUGGCAAGCCGCAGAAGCCCAGUUCGCCGGCCAUGAAGCAGCGGUUCUCGGCGCUGCAGCUGCUGAAGCUGCUGCUGCUGCUGCAGCCGCCGCUGCCACGAGCGCUGCGCGAGGCGCUCUGCCCUGAGCCCUGCAACUGCGUGCCCGACGGCGCCCUGCGCUGCCCCGGCCCCACGGCCGGUCUCACUCGACUAUCACUUGCCUACCUCCCUGUCAAAGUGAUCCCAUCUCAAGCUUUCAGAGGACUUAAUGAGGUCAUAAAAAUUGAAAUAUCUCAGAUUGAUUCCCUGGAAAGGAUAGAAGCUAAUGCCUUUGACAACCUCCUCAAUUUGUCUGAAAUACUGAUCCAGAACACCAAAAAUCUGAGAUACAUUGAGCCCGGAGCAUUUAUAAAUCUUCCCCGAUUAAAAUACUUGAGCAUCUGUAACACAGGCAUCAGAAAGUUUCCAGAUGUUACGAAGGUCUUCUCCUCUGAAUCAAAUUUCAUUCUGGAAAUUUGUGAUAACUUACACAUAACCACCAUACCAGGAAAUGCUUUUCAAGGGAUGAAUAAUGAAUCUGUAACACUCAAACUAUAUGGAAAUGGAUUUGAAGAAGUACAAAGUCAUGCGUUCAAUGGGACGACGCUGACUGCACUGGAGCUAAAGGAAAACGUACAUCUGGAGAAGAUGCACAAUGGAGCCUUCCGUGGGGCCACAGGGCCGAAAACUUUGGAUAUUUCUUCCACCAAAUUGCAGGCCCUGCCGAGCUAUGGCCUAGAGUCCAUUCAGAGGCUAAUUGCCACGUCAUCCUAUUCUCUAAAAAAAUUGCCAUCAAGAGAAACAUUUGUCAAUCUCCUGGAGGCCACGUUGACUUACCCCAGCCACUGCUGUGCUUUUAGAAACUUGCCAACAAAAGAACAGAAUUUUUCACAUUCCAUUUCUGAAAACUUUUCCAAACAAUGUGAAAGCACAGUAAGGAAAGUGAAUAAUAAAACACUUUAUUCUUCCAUGCUUGCUGAGAGUGAACUGAGUGGCUGGGACUAUGAAUAUGGUUUCUGCUUACCCAAGACACCCCGAUGUGCUCCUGAACCAGAUGCUUUUAAUCCCUGUGAAGAUAUUAUGGGCUAUGACUUCCUUAGGGUCCUGAUUUGGCUGAUUAAUAUUCUAGCCAUCAUGGGAAACAUGACUGUUCUUUUUGUUCUCCUGACAAGUCGUUACAAACUUACAGUGCCUCGUUUUCUCAUGUGCAAUCUCUCCUUUGCAGACUUUUGCAUGGGGCUCUAUCUGCUGCUCAUAGCCUCAGUUGAUUCCCAAACCAAGGGCCAGUACUAUAACCAUGCCAUAGACUGGCAGACAGGGAGUGGGUGCAGCACUGCUGGCUUUUUCACUGUAUUCGCAAGUGAACUUUCUGUCUACACCCUCACCGUCAUCACUCUAGAAAGAUGGCACACCAUCACCUAUGCUAUUCACCUGGACCAAAAGCUGCGAUUAAGACAUGCCAUUCUGAUUAUGCUUGGAGGAUGGCUCUUUUCUUCUCUAAUUGCUAUGUUGCCCCUUGUCGGUGUCAGCAAUUACAUGAAGGUCAGUAUUUGCUUCCCCAUGGAUGUGGAAACCACUCUCUCACAAGUCUAUAUAUUAACCAUCCUGAUUCUCAAUGUGGUGGCCUUCUUCAUAAUUUGUGCUUGCUACAUUAAAAUUUAUUUUGCAGUUCGAAACCCAGAAUUAAUGGCUACCAAUAAAGAUACAAAGAUUGCUAAGAAAAUGGCAAUCCUCAUCUUCACCGAUUUCACCUGCAUGGCACCUAUCUCUUUUUUUGCCAUCUCAGCUGCCUUGAAAGUACCUCUUAUCACAGUAACCAACUCUAAAGUUUUACUGGUUCUUUUUUAUCCCAUCAAUUCUUGUGCCAAUCCAUUUCUGUAUGCAAUAUUCACUAAGACAUUCCAAAGAGAUUUCUUUCUGUUGCUGAGCAAAUUUGGCUGCUGUAAACGUCGGGCUGAACUUUAUAGAAGGAAAGAUUUUUCAGCUUACACCUCCAACUGCAAAAAUGGCUUCACUGGAUCAAAUAAGCCUUCUCAAUCCACCUUGAAGUUGUCCACAUUGCACUGUCAAGGUACAGCUCUCCUAGACAAGACUUGCUACACAGAGUGUUAACUGUUACAUCAGUUAAAUGCAUUAUUGAAUUGUUCUUAAACCUGUAAAAAAAAAUUACCUGUACCAGUAA